GGGAUUUCAAGCAAUCCAUGUGGACGUAUAAAUAUUGAUCAUCAUGAGGCUAUAACGCACAUCCAAGUAUGAAUCCUCCGGGGGCUUCAAGCGGAUGCUGAAGAGAGAGCAUCCUUCGUGACGUCACGACCGCCGCAUCCGUCUCCAGACUCGCGUCCGUUUCUCUGCUCUCUCCUCCAUCAGUGAAAACCCUCGUCGCCUCCACGGAUCGUGCGUUUUCCCGUGAAAAUGGCCGCGCAGGAGGUGACCGCGCAGCCGGGCGACACUCUGGCGACGCUAAAAACAGAAUCUGAUUCUCUGAAGAGCAAACUAGAGGAUGAAAGAGCCAAACUGCACGACGUCGAGCUACAUCAAGUGGCGGAGAAAUUGGAUGCUUUGGGUCAGUUUGUCAUGAAGACGAGACGAACCCUGAAAGGCCACGGGAAUAAAGUGCUGUGUAUGGACUGGUGUAAAGACAAGAGGAGGAUCGUCAGCUCAUCUCAGGACGGAAAGGUGAUUGUAUGGGAUGCAUUUACGACUAAUAAGGAACAUGCAGUGACGAUGCCCUGUACGUGGGUCAUGGCCUGCGCUUACGCCCCAUCUGGUUGUGCGGUUGCUUGCGGUGGUUUGGACAACAAGUGCUCCGUGUAUCCUCUAUCCCUGGACAAGAACGAGAACCUCGCUGCCAAGAAAAAAUCAGUGGCCAUGCACACCAACUAUCUGUCUGCAUGCUGUUUUACUAACUCUGAUAUGCAGAUUUUGACCUCUAGUGGUGAUGGCACGUGUGCAUUGUGGGAUGUUGAAAGCGGUCAGAUGCUCCAGAGCUUUCAUGGACAUGCGGCUGAUGUGCUGUGUCUGGACCUCGCCCCAUCUGAGACAGGAAACACAUUUGUUUCAGGGGGCUGUGACAAGAAGGCGUGCGUGUGGGACAUGCGUACAGGACAAUGUGUCCAGUCUUUCGAGAGCCAUGAAUCAGACAUCAACAGCGUACGGUACUAUCCAAGCGGAGACGCUUUUGCUUCAGGCUCAGAUGAUGCUACUUGUCGCUUGUACGACUUGAGAGCAGACAGAGAGGUGGCCAUUUAUUCUAAAGAGAGCAUCAUAUUUGGAGCAUCAAGUGUGGACUUCUCACUUAGUGGGAGGCUUUUGUUUGGUGGAUACAAUGACUACACCAUCAACGUAUGGGACGUUUUAAAGGGAACUCGAGUGUCCAUCUUGUUUGGGCAUGAGAACAGGGUCAGCACUCUCCGCGUCUCUCCAGACGGAACGGCCUUCUGCUCAGGAUCAUGGGAUCAUACAUUACGGGUCUGGGCCUAAAUGAGAAACAUCAGACUGGCUGUGUUUCGUCCGUUUAUCAUCAAAUGUUUUAGUUUUUGUCAACGUCUCUGGAAUCCAAAAUAUCCACAGACUGUAAUAAAGUGUUGAUUGCAGUAGUAUACAGUAUGUGGUACAGAUGGACUGUAGUGCACAUAUACACACACAAACUUUCAAAUCUAGUGAGCACAAUCACCCAGUUCAUCCAUUGCUUGCUAUUAUGGGAUGGUCUUGGAUCUGAUGUUGAUUUGCGGUACGUUUGAAAUCGCUUACUUCCUAUUAUAUACAGUAGUAGGUGAAAAUCAGUAUGCAAGGACUAGUAUUCGGAU